ACUAUUGAAACGUUUUUCGAAAAAUGAAUUCUCGUAAUACUUCGAACUUCUAAAUAAUUAUAAAAUAAUACAACAUGUAUAUUCAAUUUACUAAAAGCUAAUAUUAUAAUAAUUUACCAAUAACUAUAACCUUUUUUUUGAAAUAAUUGUUUAAUAUUGUAUCAUUAUUGGUCAUUUAUUUGGAAUACAUAUUAUUUAUCAAAACUAUUUCAAAAAUGAAUGAAGGUGACUUAAGGUAAUUUAACAAACAAUGCCAUUAUUACAACAAAAAACUAAAAUUAAUAAAAAAUGUCUACUAGUUAUACUAAAGCUGCACUACCGUCUAAUAUUGGUUGUUUUCACAUGGGCGUUAUUUUUAUUGUUAUUAUUUAUACUUAUUGUUGCACGCGUAAUGCAAUUUCUAAUGCUUUAUUUCGUAAUCGCUUCCUGCUGUCAACUUUCAAAACUUUUGUGAUUAAUAAUACGAUACCCGUUGAAAAGCUAAAAUCGUUUCACCCUUAUUUUUUUAACGAGCAAAAGAAAAGCUAGUGCCAGUAUGACUUUGCCAGUUAUGAAAUCACGUUUGUAGUCUUCAGUGCCACCCUUAAUAUAUUUCAAACGCUCGUGCGCGCACAAACAUCCAUUAUAUAAAUACCGUUACAUCAAAGGAUUUUAUCUGUUCGUUUAAUCGCCCUUGUUUAUUAUAUCGUCAUAAUAUUUUGCCUUAAUCGCCCGCCCGCCCGAACCAAAAGAAAACAAUCAAUGACACGGGAAAACGUUAUGAUUUAAUGUCCCGUCGAAAUAUGCAUAAGUCAUGCGAUCCGUAACUCCGCCUAUAGGGUUUACUGUCGUGUGUCAUGGAAUCGCAAGGGUCACGUGACGAGAGCGAUUUGUCUCCGUAUCUGUCGGCGAGAUCACGGUUACCCCUUUGCCUACCCGAAGACGCCGCCGUGGAGAUGGCACUGGCACCUGAAUCCCCUGUAAUCGAACAGCAGUCUCAAAAGACGCUCGUCGUCGAAGUGGUGUCUCUGAGGCCGAUCGAAAAGUUCCGCAGGGCCGUUGCCAAAAUGCCUAGGUUCUCCAAAAAGGAAAGCUCGACGCCGUCAAAAUCCAGAGGCGUCCCAAAGGCGAUGGGCACCGACGGCGGUAUAGUGCGAUUGGACGUAGGUCGGGCGAGCUUGAGGUUGCCGUCGUCGAGUCGCGCAGCACCCAAGUCCGAACCGAUGGACUUGGCGAGGGAGAACCAGGCUUUGCACGAGCGCCUGCGGGAAGAGUCGGCCCGGUACGAUAGACGUUUAGAUACGUACAAAUUGGCUCAGCAAAGACAAGCCGUGCUCGUUAGCAGACUCCAGUCAAAGGUAAUGCAGUACAGAGAAAGGUGUGCCGAGCUGGAGAGAGAAAUGCGCAACAGCGUACCGGCCAUCGACAAUGUCAGGAGCUAUCGCGAUUCGGUAAGGGACUACCAGUCGAUGGAUUUGGACUCUGCUCUACGCGCUCUAGAGCAAGAAAGAUCAAAGUCUGAGAAAAUCAUGGAAUUGAACUCUACGUUGAGGGAGCAAUUAGACGACGCUCAAGCAAAUAACGAAACUCUAACGGCGGAUUUGCAGAAACUGACGAGCGACUGGGAAAAAAUGAGGGAUGAAAUGAAUGCUAAAGAAGACGAAUGGAAAGAAGAAGAAAAAAUGUUUAAUGAUUAUUGUUCCCUAGAACACGGGCGAAUGGCUAACCUCUGGCAGGAUGUCGCUCAGGUCAAACGCAUGUUUACCGAUAUGAAAUCAUCAACUCAACAGGAUCUUAACAAAAUUCGAGGUGAAUUAUCUCUAGCAUCAAACGAUAUGGUUAACACUUGUAAUGGACUUGUGAAUGCCGUUAAACGGUCAACAUUCGCCGAAGAAAAACAAUAUGAGAAAGUUGUAAAGGAAAAUACGACAUUACAAAACAAAUUAGAAAGGUUGCAAAACGACUACGACACUAUAAGCUCGCAAUUGCGUCAAAAAGAAAUGCAACUCGAAGACCUCAAGACAAACUUUUCAGAAAUCGAAGAAAAAUAUAAUGACGCCAACAAGAAUGAAGUCGACGCUAAUCAUUUACGCGUUGAUAUUGAGGUGUUAAUGAACGGAAUGCAAGAAAUAGUCAGAGUCUUGCAACAAGAUAAAGAUAUCCUUGGUGAUUAUAUUAGACCUCCACCUCCGCCACAUCUUCAUCUUAGUUCUGGAAUUAUUAAAGCCGAACCAAAGAUUAAACCAAUUUCAGCAACCAGCAGUUUUGUCGAUAGCACUCUAUCGGCUGUCCAAACUAUUAUUUAUAGGUAUCAGACAAAUAUUCAUGAGUUGCAAGUACAACUGUCAUCAUGCGUGGACAAAAUGUCAGAAACAAAAAAACAUUGUGAACAACUAGAAGUGUUAGAAAAAGACUUACAAGUCAAAAUUGAAGAUCUCAGUAAAGAACUAGAUGAGUGUCGUUCAGUCAAUACUAGAUUAGGUCACGAACGUGAUGCAUUAGCUGAAACAAUUGAAAGACUUCGAAACGAAGCUCAAGCAUUACAACAAAACCGAAUGCAUGUUAGCACUGUGGUUGAAAAUAUGAAUUCAGAUUAUGAUAAAGUACAAAAAACCAACACUAAACUUCAAAAAUUAAAUGAUACAUUAGAAGAUGAAAAAAUGUUCCAACAGGGAGAAAUUGAUAGACUAUUAAAAGAAAUUGACAUAAGAAUUUUGUCAGAAAAUGAAAAUCAAGAUAGGUGUAGUUGCUUAAAAGAAGAGUUAAUUAGUGUAAAAGAAGAAUUAAAUCAAGUGUAUCUGGACAAAGACCUUUUGGAACAGCGGUGUCUCGAAUUUGAACUGUUACAAGCAAAAAUGGAAAAAAUUAAAGGAGAUCUUGAAUCUGAACUGGAAAAAACUGCUUUGGAUCGAACCGAUUGUCAAGAAUCAUUAGCAAAGGCCGAAUCACUUCUACUAGAUGGGACAACAGAAAAAAAAACAUUACAAAAAGAACAGGAAAAAUUAUUAGAAGAUAAGAAAAAGCUUCAGGAUCAAGUAGAUGACUUGUCUGGGGAUUUAGUAGCGCUAAGGAAAGAAUUGUUGCAAAUGGAGCAAGACAAACAGGACUUAGAAACAGAACGAUCAAUUUCUACAGAAAAAUGGAAAACAUUGUUGUUAGAAAAAGAAAAAUUGGAAAAUGAAUUGGAAGACAUAUUAAAGGAUAGAUCACACUUAGAAGACCAAUUGCUAAAUGAGAAACAUAAGAGAAAAUCACUUAAUGAAGAGCUGAUAAGGUUGAAUCAAAAACUUGACCAUACAAUGGAUAAUAAUACUAGAAUAAAUAACCAAUUUCAGAAUGUUAUCAAAGAAAACGAAGAUAAACAGAUUGCACUUGAUGGAUGCUUAAAACAACUGGAUAGUUUAGAAAGAAAGCUCUUUACGCUUAAUGGAGAAAAAGAGAAUCUCGAAGCCAUGUUAUUUGAUGUUCAAAAUAACUUAGAAAUAUCAGAAAAUCGGUGCAAGCAAGUAGAACGAGAGAAGCAAGAACUAUUAAUAAAACAAGAAUCAAUGAGGGGUGAAAUAUAUCGUUUGUGUAAGGAUAUUGAAAAUUGUGAGCAUGCAGCAAACAAUACUAAAGCUGAACUUCUACUUCAGUCUAGGACUCUGGAAACAGAGUUCCAGCAGACUGUUGAUGGGAUGAAGAAACAGGCUGAAGACAAUAUUCAAAAAUUGUCUAACGAGAAAGAAGCUCUUAAAGUAAACUACGAAAGAAAAAUGCAAGAUGAAUUAAAUCGGCUAGGAAAAAACAAAGAUAGUGAGAUAGAAAAAUUGAAACAAAAAUUAGAUGUACUGCAGAAGAAUAUUGAUACAAUAACACAGCAACACGAUGAAGCACUAUUAAGGGCUGAAAAUGAAAAACAACAAACUCUGCUACUUGUUCACCGUGACCAAAAAGCAAUUGUUAGUAAACUAGAAUGUGUCAAGAAAGAGUUAGAAGGUGAAAAAGAAAGCUAUGAACGUUUGUUGAGAGAAACUCGUGGCAAACUAGAAAAUGAAAAAGGGAUGGUAAACUCAUUACGUGAACAGUUGGCGAAAAUAAGGAAUGAACUUAAUGAGCUACGUAUACAAUCUGAUAGCGAUAAAUGCCAGCUAAUUGGUCAAUUGGAUGAAAUCCAAGCAGAUCGAGACAAACACAUGCAAGAAUGUAUGGAAGUUAAAUCUCAACUGGCCAUAGCAGAAGAUAAAUUAGAUAAUUUACAUUCCCAUUUGAAUGACACUAACAGAAAACUAAAAGAAUCUGAUUCUAUAGCUGAACAUAUUCGAAAAGAAUUAAUGGAAACAAGAAGAAAUUUAAAUGAGACUAGCAUUGAAAAAGAGAAAUACCAAUUAUCCAACAGAGAGCUCCGAGAACAUAUUAAAAAGUCUGAAAUGGAUAAACGUGAACAAGGAAGAAGUUUAGAGGAAGCAAUUCAAAAGAUAACUUUAUUAGAUGACAAAUGUAGUCAGAUAGAAAGUGAACGCAUACGUUUAAGUGCUGAAUGUAAAGAAGCUUGCCGAAGACUCGAAGAAACGGAAAAAACUUGUAAAGCACUCCAGGAGGACCUACAGCGAGCAGCUAUAACUGGUGAAUCUCGUAGAAAUGAACAAAAACAACUCCAAACGAAACUAGAUGCAGAAUCAGAAGAACGAGAAAGGGCUUGUGAGCUUGUGCAGCAAUUAAGGAAAAAAGUAAACGAACUAGAAGGAAUUUUGGAUGGAUACGAACAAGAAGUUAUGCGUUUACGUCAUCGUGUAGAUGAAGAUGAAUUACGCUGGAAGAGUCGUGAACAGGAAUUAAUUGACCGGCUUGAAGAUGAAAUUAACCAUGAAAGGAAACUAGAAGACCAAAAACAUAAUCUGGAAGUUUGUUUGUCGGAUCAGAAUGCUCAGAUCCAAGACCUAAAAUGUAAAUUAAGUGCAGCAGAAGGUCGAUUACGAUCAUCUGAUACUCAGUAUGCUGAUUUAGAGCGAAAUAAACAUGAGGUAGAAAAUCGAUUGGGCACUAUAUGGUCUACGCUUAAACGUGUGGUGGGUAUGCAAGCAGAUGGAUCUGUAAGAAUAAGAAAAUGGAGUCCCAGUAGAGUGUUGGAUGGACCUUCUGAAUCUAUCCGUUCAGACGGUAAAAUGGUUGAUCCCGAAGUAAUUAAAAAAGGUGUACGCAAUUUAAUGCAACAGGUGGCACAAGUAGAUCGAGAAAAAGAUAAUUAUAAGUCUCAAAUAGCAAAUAUGAGUAGACAACUUGAAGAAAUUGAAGAUUUACGUAAAAAAACUGACAGCAAGCUUAACUCAACAAUCCAAUUAUUAAGGAGACUUCAAGACGAAAAAGUUGAAUUGGAAUCAAAACUUGGACAAAAACAGGCUAUAGUUUCUUCCCAAGCAGCAGAAAUAAAAGAUAAGGUAGAUGAGUUAAAGAAAAACAAAGAAUUGUUAAACAGCCAAGAAACCAUUAUGCAUGCUGACAAAAACGAAAAAAUUCAAUUGAAAGAGCGUUUGGAGAAGCUUAAAGUUCAUUUGAGCCAGUUAGAAGCAGAAAAAAGACAUUUGCAAGACGAACUAACUCUUACUGAAUCAAAAGCUACAAAAUUAGAAAUAAUAAGAAUAGGAAUAGACGGGGAUUUACAACGGCUACAAAUGAUGUUGCAGGAAAAAGAUGGCAUCAUACAAAAACUCGAAGAAAAGUGCGAAAGCCAUUCAAAAGCUACUGCUACACUCGAGGAAAGAUGCGUUUCGUUAAGUGCUGCGAUUGAGCGUCUGAAUGCUUCAUUAGCACAAGCUACUGCUAAUGAAUGUGAUUUAAAAGCUCAAAUCCAAGCACUCCAGAGGUCAUUGCACGAUGCUUCUAUUAGCUCUGCAUCCCACAGCGAUAAGUACAAACAGCUACAAAGAGCAUUACAAGCAUGUGAAAAUGAAAAAAAAAUCGCUUUAGAACGCCUGGAAAUAGCUCAGCACAAUUUAGCCGAUUGUCGUCGUGAUCAGCAAUCGGUCAACGAUUCUAUCUUAAGACUGCAACUGGACUUAGAAAACAAGGAAGUACAAAAAUCUCAUUUAGAAGCUCAACUCAGAGCGUUAGGAAACAAAUCAUUGCCAAGACAAUCAAACAAAGAUCUAUAUGACGAGAGUUCUGAUCUUAAAUUCAAGCUUCAAUCAUUAAAUGAUAAAGUUCGUUUGCUCGAGUCAGAAAAACGAAGUCUGGAAAAAAAGGCGCUCUCUAGGAGCAAAAGUUUUGAAAGGGUGGAUUAUGAUGGAAAAUACAGUCAUAGCGGUCGUUUUUAUGACGAACACCGAGAUUUAAAAAACAAAUGUGAUGAACUGGAAAGAAGGUUGUAUGAAAAAGAACAAGAAUUGAAAAAUUUAAAAAUGUCUGCUAUGGACUACUGUUCCAAUAUACCUGUAAAACAUACAGAUUUGGAGCGUUAUCGUGCUGGACAGUUGCAAGCUGAGCGAAUGUUAGAAGCGCGUGAGCAAUCGCACAGACAACAAAUACACAGAUUGGAGAAUCAAGUAGCAAUGUUGAGGGAUCAGUUGGCUGAAGAAACUAAAAGGCGUCAAGCGUACAUUAACAAAACAGCCAAAGCUAGUCGUGAGGCUAUGGCAUUGCGACAAGCUCUUGACAAAUCGUUAACUAAAAUAGCUCAAGAUCCUUCGCCCGACGCUACCUUAUUGAAACACGAAGCACGUACACUGCACCAUACAAUUCCACUGCCUAAAUAAAAUAUAUUACUACUAAUGACAAAAUGUAGCGAGUCAAUUUUGUGUGUAGUUUCUAUUUAUAUUAUAAUUACAGAGCACGAGAAAAUAUUUUACUUGUUAA